AUUGAGUUAAACCGAUUAAAUGAAUCUGGCGAAGAGAUUAACAGAUUGGAGAAUGACCUGGAUAAAGCCCGUUCCGACUACCAAAACAUAUUAUCCAACCGAACACACGAACUGGACCAACUCUCGUCACACAUCCGCAAGAGCAUCUCACUGUCACGUGCUUACUACGAGAAGAAAGACAUUUCGAAAUGCGUCCAGGAAGAGACACUUCGAGCGGCUCGCCAUUUCCAGACGGCCAAUAGUAUUUACCAGGCAGCCAAAGAAACGAUCUUGCUAGCAGAAGAGAAGCUUCUGCAAGAGAAUUCUGAUGAAUGUCACACUUCAGAAUUGUCUUCCUCAACUCAGGAAGCAUUAAACCAUGCUAUUAUUCGGUUAAUGGAAGCGGAAAGAGAGAAACGCAAACGCGAAGAAGAGCAUCACCGCACGGCGUCCAUUUGUUCUGAACUGGAGGUUUCCAUUAAGAAAUACGAACGUCUCUAUACUAAAGCUAUCGCUAAAUCCAGACCUUAUUUCGAAAAGAAGAAUGAAAUGAAGGAAGCUCUCCAGCUACAAAAGAAAAAGGUGGAUUGUCUCCAGGCGAACCUCCAGGAAAUGAAGGCAGUCUAUUCAGAGGCCCUGAGAAACUUAGAAAGGAUUUCGGAGGAGGUUCAUAAACGUCGUAAAUUAAAGGAAUUCCUUUACUUACCACGCGAACCCGGUGUCGGAUCGGAACAUAAUGAACGUCACAACUCAAUUGAAUUCGAAACUGAGGCAAAGCUAAGGUCCUGCUCAUUAUCAACAACGACUAACGAUGACAAGGACACUGACACUAAUAAUAACGAGGAAAAGAUUGACAACAACAGGAGCAGCAACAAUGAAAACUACAACAACAACAAUAACAGCACCAGCAGGAACUGGAUUGGCGUCGACAGUCUGAGUGUAGAAAGUGUUGUUGCUGAUUAUGACGAUGGAUCGUCUUCUUCUGAGAUGAGUUUCGGUGAAGAUACGAGUACUGAUCAGGCGUUGUCAACCUCAACAGAUGAAGAAUCUACUGACGAGAUGACAGUCUCCCCGACACUGCUGAAGAAAGCGGCACCUACAUCGGCAACGAUAGAUGUUACACCGUCAGCAUGAUCAGCGGAGACGUCGGUUUCCAGAAAAAAUAAGAUUGAAAACAGAGAUGGUCAAAGAGAAUGCUUUGGGAUUGAACGCAGUGCAUGGAAUUAAUGAAUCAAAAAUGUGUGCUUUGUACUAACUUUCCGGAACCAAACCGUUUAUGCCUACAUCAUUCCAAGACGGCUUUGGUUACCAACGGCGCAGUCCUAAACAGAUAACCGUCCUUUUUUUGUCUCCUCGGUCAACAGGGAGGACAAGACACAUCGUUUAUAAACCGCCUCAAUUUGUAAACUUACGGGAGAAUUAGAAAAUGAUACACAUUCUCUGGGAGCCAGAAGUACAAGAAAAAAAGGUUCGUCGAACGAGGCUCUCAAUUUGUGCGACUUCAUGGCAGGCACAGAUAGAGCGUGGGAUCGCAAGGCCUACUGCUCACUGUAAACAACGGGCUUGAAAUAGACGUUUUCAAUAUCAGAUACCAGUUGAUGUUAGCUAUCAGGUGAUAACCUAUGAUGUCAUGUAUAAGAUGAUAUCAGAAAUGGAUGUAGCAUAAAAUCAAAUAUCCUUUGUUAUAACAGUUGUCAGAUGGCAUAAGAUAUAACGUAUCAGAUGGCAUGUGAUAUGUGAUAUUAGAUAUCAGAUCAUAUAAAAAAAUAGAUAUCACUUAAUACCAAAUAAACCUUGAUAACAAAUGUCUGAGGGCAUAAGAUACAACGUAUCAGAUAUCACGUGAUAUAAAAUAUUAAAGUAUAUCAAAUACUACAAAAUAAAUGAUACUAGAUUUCAAGAUAUCAGACGUUUUGCGGUAUAAAUUGUCAGGAUAUCAAAUACCAGAUGUUAGAAGACAUAAGACAAUACAGUGUAUUAGAUAUAAGAUAAUAUUUCAUCUCAAGUGAUACGAAAUGACAUUGGUUAUCCAAGAAUACAUGGUAUUUUAUGGUAUCAUAUAUUAGAUUUGAAAUGACAUCAAACAAAAUAUUCUGUGAUACCAGAUGUCCUAUGCCAUAUAAUAUUAGGUGGUCUCUGAAAACAGUGUACUAUGAGUUACUACAAAUACAACGUAUAUUACUGAUCUCAAUAGACAUUUGAAUCAAAGCAAUAGAUUUAUUAUUAUUUUUUUUUUGUUCCAAAGAUCAUAGUGAAAACGAGUCUACGGAGUUUUCUAUGCUAACACAGUUACCAAAUAUAUUUAUUGAUUGUAUGAAUGACUGAGUGGUAGAUUAAAAAUAAAAAAAAAAGAA